AUGACCCUUAAGACCUUUCCAUACACAUCACUUACAGAAAAGGGAGAGACUGGUACCGUAUACGCAGCUGAACCGGUUUGCAAGUUUUUCUUGAAGGACAAUGACGGGUCCGGUUCUCUCUUUUCUAUGUUUAUGCUUCUACAAAGUCAAGUCCAGUUCAAGACUUGGACACAUCUUAAGGAUGUGAUACUAGAAGGAAAAGAUGCAUUCAGCUCCGCGCAUGGCAUGGAAUGCUUCGAAUACAUCCGUUCAGACGAACGAUUUGGCGAGUUGUUUAACCGAACAAUGUCAGAAGAAACUUCAACCAUGAUCAUGAGGAAGGUUCUUGAAGUUUACAAAGGAUUUGAAGAUGUAAACACUUUGGUGGAUGUGGGAGGAGGACUUGGCACCAUUAUAGGUUUAGUUACAUCAAAGUAUCCUCAUAUUAGAGGCAUCAAUUUCGACCUUGCUCCAGUUCUAACUCGCGCUCCUUUUAUUCCUGGAGUGGAACAUUCAGCUGGAGAUAUGUUUGUAGAAGUUCCAAAUGGAGAUGCGAUAUUUUUCAAAUGGAUACUACAUGAUUGGGAUGACGAAGAUUGUGUGAAAAUUCUAAAAAAUUGUUGGAAGAGUCUUCCAAUCAAAGGGAAAGUGAUCAUAUUAGGCAUGGUCAUGCCAAUAGAGCCAAAGAGUGAUGAUACUUCGUCAAACAUUAUGUUCGGCAUGGAUGCAUUCAUGCUAACACAAACAUCAGGUGGUCAAGAGAGAACUCUUUCUCAGUUUGAAGGUUUAGCUUCUCGUUCGGGUUUUAUUCGUUGUGAGCUCAUUUGUGUAGCCUAUUCAUAUUCUGUUAUUGAAUUUUACAAAUAGAUACGAAGUUUGUGAAAUGGUAUUGUGUGUGCAUGUGGAGACUAUAUAGGUCCUAACUUUGAGAAGCAUAUAUUUAUAAGACUA